AUGAAUGAAUGUCGUGUUGAAAUGAGCGCAGAACAUAACAUUCCACAUCGUGGAAAGAGAAUACAAACCAUUGUUUGCUCACCGAAUUUUAAGUAUGUUGCGACAUUUAGCAAAGAAGGAAAAGAUGUUUUUAUGUAUCCGGUCAAUAUGGAUAAAAUAUCAGCACUACUCAAUUAUGCUCAUUCAAUUAACAGUAAUGAUAGUAAUGAUGAUAAGAUUUUAAAUGAUGUUUUUGAGCUAAUAGCAGUCUCUGAUUGUAAGCACAUAAUUGUUGAAACCUAUAAAAAAAAUGAAACAUUUCACUGUGAUUUCAAACUUAUAGAUAUCGUGAAAAAAAAACCAUGUAGUUUAGUUGAAGGAAUACAAACAAUUAACUUUCUCGACAAUGGAGACGUAGCCUUUAUUAAAGGAGAAUUACUUUAUAUUUAUUCAAAGUCCAAAAUUCAAGACGAAAUCUUGUGGAUUUGUAAGAAUAAGAUUGAGCUUUCACCAUUUAUAAAAUGUUUUAUUUUUCCAAAAGGAAAGUUAUUAUUAGUUACUAAUAUACCCUUCAUGAUAACACAAUUCGAUCUGAAAACAUUAGCAAUUGAAGCACAGUAUUUGUUAAACUGGGAUAUGUACGAUAAAAACUCGGAUAUAUAUUUAGAAUUAAACAAUAACAAUACUCUGUUAGCAAUGGAUGAUAUGUAUAUAAUUAAAACAUUCUCAACUGAAAAUGGUAUGCUUAUUGCAGAAGAUAAUGAAUGUUCAUUUUAUGAACAUAAAUAUUUCAUUACUUCAGAAGAAGGAGAGUGUUUAAUACUACAAAAAGGAGAAUGCUUCUUUAUAACUGACCCAUGCAGACUUAAUAAUAAAGUGAAUGCGGAUAAACUUUUUCAGCUUGAUGGAAAUGAAUUUAAUGAAUAUUAUAAAGUUAAUAAUCUUUUCUUUGGGAAGGAAAUAGAAAGGCAUUUAAAAGAACCUCUCGGACUUGGUCAUAUCCGAGAAUCGUCACCUGAAGACACUUUUUUUAAAUGGAAUUGGAGUGCUGACCAAAUUAAAUUUAAAUUACUUGAGAAUAAAAAUUUAAUGGCAAUUACAACUAUAGGGGCCUUUAUUUAG